AUGACCAAGGACGCCGUGGAAUCCGGCGAAGACACCCCGACCCAGAACGGGCAGACGCCAUCGCAGGAAACCGCCAUGGCUGGCUUGACUACGAUCCCGACGUCCGUCACGCUGACUGCGGAGCAGUUUGAGAAGCUCUAUCUCAAUCCGCUGAAGGGACGACAGGGUGCGAUGACCAGGAAGUUCGGCAAUCCCACGCCACUGGCACUGGCGAGUUUGGUCGUGACGGUCAUGCCCGUCUCGGCCGCCUUGAUGGGAUGGAGGGGCGCUGGUGGGACUGGGAUGGCGUUUAUCGGCGCCAUGGUCUUCCUCGCCGGAACGAUGCUGGUCAUUAGCGGUCUUCUCGAGUUCGUCUUGGGCAAUACUUUUCCGUGUGUGGUGUUUGGGACGUUUGCCCCCUACUCGUCCUCCGGAACCAGCACGAUGGAAGGAUUAACCAGUCCUGAAUUUAUGAACACAUACGCAUUCCUGUUCCUGGCCAUGGACAUCCUGUGCUUCAUCUACAUGAUCUGCGCGACUCGGAUCAAUGCCGUGUUCGUUGCCAUUUUCCUCACGCUGGUUAUGGUCUUCACCCUGCUCAGCGCGGCCUACUGGCGACUGGGACUGGGCGAUGCCGUGGGCGGUAACCGACUGCUCGUGGCCGGAGGCGCCUCUCUCUUCGUGGCCAGCAUGCUGGUCUGGUACCUUCUCAUUGCGCAGCUGUUCGAGGCCGUCGGUAUCCCGCUCAGUCUUCCUGUCGGGGACAUGAGCAGGGUAGUCACAAACAUUCUACCAUUGCCCGCUUUGAUGUCUUCUUUGCCUGUGGACGCCGACAUAUCUAUCAAAGCCACUUUCCACGUAAAGCUCUCUCACACAAGAUUUCAACCGUCCGACGGAAUCCGAAAUAAUGCAGCAAUGUCUGCUUCAAAGGGCGCAAUUGACUCAACUGGGGAUCAUCAUGGUAAUCAUAGUCCGAAUGUGGAUCAUUUCCCCCAGCCUCCAGGAUUCGAUCUCGGAUCACGCAAAGGGCAUGUUGCCAUUCCCAAUUCACCUCCUAUCGAUAUCCCAUCAUCUGGCUCCUCAGCAUCCAUGGCAGCUGCAUGA